AUGGCGCCAAGCAAGCUGAGCCGUGGCCUUGCCAAGGCCCUAUUCAUCGAUCUCGACUAUCGCAAAAAUAACGAGCCCAAGGAGGCUGUCCACUCGGCCGCCGAGUCUUUCGAGUCGAUCGAGACGUACGAGGAGCGCGAGCCCACCGUCGCCGAGUACCUGUACUACCACCGCCCGACUGCUGCGGGAGGCGUCAGGUACAUCAAGAGCCUGUUUCCCUUCUGGCAGUGGAUUUUCCACUACAACCUCUCAGCGCUGAGUACGGUCUCUACACUUCGUUCGUCGGUUUCCUGCUGUACUGGGCUUUCGCCACCUCCAAGGAUAUCACGAUCGGACUGUUGCGUCAUGUCUCAGCUCGUCGGAAUAUGUGCUGCGCGUCGCGAUGAUCACCCGCAGUACGCUCCCGAGAACAUUGCCAGGUCCCUGGUCCUGAUCUCGGGCGCCGUGCUUCUGUUCAUCGGCCUCACCCGUCUUGGCUGGAUCGUUGAGUUCAUUCCAUUGGUUGCCAUCACCUCUUUCAUGACGGGUGCCGCCUUCAGAAUUGCCUGCGGACAGGUUCCGGCGCUUCUUUGGAAUCAAGGUGUCAAACCCGAACAGGCCACCUACCUGUCGUUCGGCCGCAUCAACAACUAUGUCAUCGACCCCUCGCAGGAGCUUGUUGCUGUUGGCUUCACCAACCUGUUCGGCCCCUUCCUUGGUGCCUACCCCGCCACCGGUUCUUUCUCCCGUACUGCCAUCAAGUCCAAGGCUGGUGUUCGCACACCCCUGGCUGGUAUCUUCACCGCCGUCAUCGUCCUCCUGGCUCUCUACGUCCUGACCUCCGUGUUCUUCUACAUCCCCAUGGCCAGUCUUGCGGGUCUGAUUAUCCACGCUGUCGGUGACCUUAUCACCCCUCCCAACGUCGUCUACCAGUUCUGGGAAGUCUCGCCUCUCGAGGUUGUCAUCUUCUUCGGCGGUGUCUUCAUCACCAUCUUCACCAACAUUGAGAAUGGUAUCUACUUCACGGUUGCCGCUUCGGCCGCUCUCCUGCUCCUUCGCCUCGCCAAGGCCAAGGGCCACUUCAUGGGCAAGGUCCGUAUCUACCGCGUCACCAAGGAUACCGCCGGCAAGGACGUGCCUUUCAACGAGAAGGGCGAGUCCCUCGGAGUGCAGACGCGCGAGGCCUACAUCCCUGUCCAGAAAGACGACGGCACCAACCCUGUCAUUGAUAUUCAGUCGCCGUACCCUGGUGUGUUCGUGUACCGCUUCGGCGAAGGUUUCAACUACACCAACUGUGCGCACUACAUGGAUGUUCUCAGUGCCCACGUCUUCAAGGAGACCCGCCGCACUAUUCUGGACAAGUUUGAGAAGCUCGGAGAUCGUCCCUGGAAUGACCCUGGCCCACGCCGCGGCGCCAAGAUUGAUCUCAACGACAGCAGGCCAAUCCUCCGCGCUAUCGUUCUCGACUUCGCCGCCGUUAACAAUGUCGAUGUCACCUCCAUCCAGACCCUCAUCGAUGUCCGCAACCAGCUCGAUCGCUACGCUGACCCCGAGGUCGUCGAGUGGCACUUCGCCAACGUCACCAACCGUUGGACUCGUCGCGCUCUCGGUGUCGCCGGCUUCGGCUACCCCUCCCUCAAGGACGAGCCCAACCUGGGUCGCUGGAAGCCCAUCUUCAGCGUCGCCGCCACGGAUGCUUCCUCCGAUUCGAUCGAGAAGAAGGGUCCCAUUGAGCGCACCGCCAGCCGCGACGAGGAGGACGUCAUUGCGCCCACGAGGUCCGUUGGCGUGGCUCAGCUCGCCAACCGCGGUGACGGCAAGCUGGCUGCCGUGCAGGGUAUGAACAGGCCCUUCUUCCACAUUGAUGUCGCUGCGGCUGUCGAGAGUGCCACGGCCAACGCCGAGGCCAAGGGGGAGGUCUCCGGUCGUUCGUCGCCGACCGAGAAGCAGUGA